AUGGUGAGAGUGAAGGAUCCCUGGAUUGUAGCGAAUGCUGGGAGAGCGUACAGCACUUGUAAAAAGAACAUUUGCCCGACUCUAGCAAAGCCAGAUUAUCUAAGAAUCAGAGCAGAGGAGGUUCAUGCCUUAGUCCAACAGGCACUAGGCUUGACUCAAGAUUUCAUUCACAAUAGCAGUACUACUAUUACUAAUUUAAAAAGCAGUGAAAUAUAUGUGACAAAAUUUACAGGAAACAGGACCUUUAAAAAGAAAACUUCAGGCCUUGCAGAUGCUGCCACUGCCCCUAUCUUCCCACACCCAGCCACGGUCAACCCCACCGUGUUCUUUGACAUCCCCGCCUAUGGCAAGCCUUUGGGCCGCAUCUCCUUCAAGCUAUUUGCAGACAAAGUUCCAAAGACAGCAGAAAACUUUCAUGCUCUGAGCACUGGAGAGAAAGGAUGUGGUUAUAAAGGUUCCUGCUUUCACAGAAUUAUUCUGGGAUUUAUGUGCCAGGGUGGUAACUUCACAUGCCACAGUGGCAGAGAUGGCAAAUGUAUCUCCAUCUGUGGGGAGAAAUUUGAUGAUGAAAAUUUCAUCUUGAAGCACACAGGUCCUGGCAUCUUGUCCGUGGCAAAUGCUGGGCCCAACACAAAUGGUCCUCAGUUUUUUAUCUACACUGCAAAGACUGAGUGGCUGGAUGGCAAGUGUGUGGUCAAUGGCAUGGAUGUUGUGACAGCCAUGGAGCACUACAGGUCCAGGAAUGGCAACAUCAGCCAGAAGAUCACCAUUGCUGACUGUGGGCAACUCUAAUAACUUUGACUUGUGUUCUGUCUUAACCACCAGACCAUUCCUUCUGUAGCUCAGGAGAGCUCGCCUUCACCCCCACCUGCUUGGAAUGUUUUAUAAUCUUCGUGCUCUCGAUGCAGUUCAUUGGGUUCCAUGUUUUCCUUACCCCCUCCAAGCCUAGCUGGAUUGCAGAGUUAAGUUUAUGAUCAUGAAAUAAAAACUAAACAGCAAGCAAAUAAAAAUUAAAAAAAAAAAAAGAAAACUUUAUCCUGGAAGCCUCAGGCAGCACCCUGAUGCUCUUGCACCUACGGGGCCUGCCUGAACCCAAAUACACACAGGCUGGGCCCCCCACCCUGAUGCACCCUUGGCCUCCAGUCCAUCAUGGUUGCAUGAGGAAUCUGGUGGUGAACUGGUCCUUUGUCACCUUGCCUUGCUCUGUGGGUCUCCAAAAGGCAGUGGGUGCCAGCAGCUGCACAGCCACAUAGCACAGCUGGUCCUCUGGGACCCUAGCCAUGAAGGCGGGCCUCCACGGUGCCCACACCAAGCCCACAGGUAGGCCACCCCAGGCAGGUGGUGUCCUGCCUCUCAGGGUGCUCCACCCCAAACAGCUUGCUGACAGUGCCACCCCUCGGCCAGUUUCACAGAAAAAGCUCAUACACAUUUAUCUACACUCUAGAUUCUAUGGGUGAUCUUAUUUCUGGAAGUGGUGUAAAUUAUGUCUGACUUUUUAAAUGAAGGGGUAAUGCACAAUAAAAUGGAGUUUUUAUACCUUUAAAAA